AUGACGGGCUUUUUGAUUCCCCCGUGGUACAAGUCCGAGCUUCCAAAAAGACUGGAGGAGAAUGUCGUCAGUGUCAUCUUCGGCUUCAGCAUGGGCGCGUCAUUGUUCACUGCUGCCAUGGCCAUCAAGCAGACGAUGCAGGCCUACCGGAGGCAAAAGCUCUUCAGCGCAUACAUCAUCAUGUGCUGGCUUGAUUGGAUUGGAUGCAACUUUAUGGGUCUCGUCACUUACUUGUGGCUACGAGGAUUCGCUCCUCCUAGCUUCUGGGUCUUUUUCUUUAUCAUUGCUUUCUGGAGCAUGCAGAUCCAGUUUACCCUCCAGAUCAUCAUCAAUCGAAUAUCCCUCCUCCUCGGCAACAAAACGAACAUCAACAGAGUCAAAUGGGGAGUUGCAUUCAUUGCGACCUUGAUCAACAUCAGUGGUUUCUGCAUCUGGGUACCGGCUCGCUUGCAGAUCUCCCACCUGUACGAAGAAAUCAACAUCGUCUGGGACCGAACCGAAAAGGCUAUCUUCUUGAUUGUUGAUCUCUCGCUCAAUCUCUACUUUAUAUACCUAGUUCGCUCGCGGCUCAUCGCUUGCGGAUUGACAAAGUAUACUCAGCUGUUCCACUUCAACCUCGUUAUGGUUAUUAUUCCUGUUGUCUAUGUCCAAUUCCAUCAACUCAUCUACCUCCUCAAACUACACAUCGAGAUGAACGUCGCAUCUCUUCUCGGUCACAUAGUCAAGAGUUCAAGGGAGCAAGACGCUCGACCGAGCGAUGGAGAGCGACAGAGGGGUCGAGAUGAGUUUGGCGGCGGUCGAAUGACUACGUUUGUCUCGGCGAGUCGCACAGGACAUGUCCGACUGGAUGACAUGUCGCGGGAUGACUCCUACCGAAGGAGAUCUGACUGGGAAAAUGGGAUUGUGAAGAAGGUUGAGACCAAGGUUGUCUUUACAGAAACCGAAGACCAAGCGUCCACGUCAGACCAAGAGCGAAUGGUAUAA